UAAUAUUCUUAUUGUUGAUAGUUGUGUUGUGACUGUGAUAGUAAUUAACCUUUUAUCUGGUUAUAAACAAUAAUAGUAAAAAAACUUUCAAAAAUUUUUAUAACUUAAGAGCUUAAAACAUAUUUACUUUAUUUUUAAUCUUAAUAUUUACUUCGGACUGUACUUUCAAUUAUAUAGAUGAAAGUUUUAAAACCGCACUGGGUGUCUCAUGACGAUCUGCCCAUAUUCUCAAUUGACAUCCACCCUGAUGGAACUCGCUUCGCCACUGGAGGACAAGGUGAGGACUCUGGCCGAGUGGUUAUCUGGAACAUGGCUCCCGUUGCUGAUGAAGUUGCGGAACUGAACGAGAAAGUACCUAAAAUGCUUUGUCAGUUGGAUAAUCACUUAGCUUGUGUCAACUGCGUUCGUUGGAGCUAUUCCGGGAAAUAUCUGGCGUCAGGAGGUGAUGACAAGAUGAUCAUGGUCUGGGUCAUCAGUAAAUGUCCAGGUGGUGGUGCAGUGUUUGGUAGUAAAGGAGUAGUGAAUGUGGAGUCGUGGCGAUGCGUCUCUACGCUGAAGAGACAUGACGGGGAUGUGCUGGACAUCGCUUGGUCUCCUCAUGACGUUUGGCUGGCCACCUGCUCUGUGGACAACACCGUCAUCGUCUGGGACGCUCACAAACUGCCAGAGGUGGUCGCAGUUCUGAAGGGUCACACUGGACUAGUGAAGGGGGUCACCUGGGACCCUGUGGGCAAGUACCUGUCCUCUCAGUCAGACGACAAGAGUCUGAGGAUCUGGCGCACAGGUACCUGGGAAGAGGAGGCUGUCAUACAGAAACCCUACGGUUUGAUCUUUCCACAGUGUGCUGGAACAACGCUGGUACUGCGACUGAGCUGGUCUCCUGACGGACAGUACCUGGUGUCUGCGCACGCCAUGAACGGUUCUGGCCCCACCGCACAGAUUAUUGAGCGUGAAGGCUGGCGGUACGAUAUUGAUUUUGUUGGCCAUCGUAAAGCUGUCACUUGCGUUCGAUUUAACUCAAACAUCCUUCAGAGGGAUUUCACACGAUCAGGCAAGUCCCAACACGCCUGUUGCUGUGCGAUUGGAUCGCGUGACCGCUCUAUCUCCGUUUGGGUGACAGCACUCAAGCGCCCCCUGUUUGCGAUGGAGAACCUGUUCUCACGGCCAGUGUUGGACCUGUCAUGGAGUGCCAGUGGACUGCAGCUGAUGGCAUGUUCGCUGGAUGGCACCGUUGCGUAUUUUGAGUUCAGUGAACAUGAGCUUGGUCGACCUCUUUCCACUGACGAGAAGAACGCUCUGUACGAGAAGACAUAUGGCAAGUCGUUUGGGAGCAGCAGACAGUCAGCGUCAGCCGUGGUGUUGGAGAAUCCGUCGUUAGUGAUCCACAAGCCACCUGUGGAGACUGUACCGGAGGUGCCUGUGAGCUCGCCCGCCAAGGCGAAGGAGGCACCAGCCAGUGCCAGCAAGCCGCUCACAAACAAGCAGAUAGAGACGCGGACGUCGGACGGCAGGCGAAGGAUAACACCGAUCUUCAUACCUCCUGAAGUUGACACUGGCGAAGGCCCCGCCCCAUUCAGUUCGGAACCAAUCACGUUCUCCAGUACCAACGAGUCCAAGAGUCGUAUCGUAAUUGAGCGCCGAGAAGAGGUCGUCCCACCCAAUGUGUCGAAACAGUCCAGUCCUAUCAAAACACCGGUUAAGGAGCAGCUCACUAAACAACGGACAGCAGAUGAGGUGCCCUCGGAAAGCGUGCAGAAGGCUGUGGCACCGUUCACGCGGCACUUAGACAAGGCUUUGUCAUUGGUUGUGAAGUCCAAGAAGUUCACGGAGACCAAGGCACCGUUGGUCAGGAAGGACAUGAGUUCUGGUGGCAGUAAAAGUUUGAGCCUUGCCUGUCCUUCGCUACUCCCUACCACAAGGCAGAUGAUCCCUGGCACAUCGAAGUGUCUUCUGAUCGAGAACGAAUCCUGCCUCAGCCCAUUUGGUCGUCUCACACAAGUCAAGUUGUCAGCGGCUGGGAAACCUCUGUGGGAAACUGUUUUAGGAAGCGCUGUGUGCGUGUUUGGUGCUAACGGCACCUUGGUGGCCCUGGCGUGUGGAGACGGAACGCUGCACCUAUUCGACACACUGAGUGGUGCCAAACUGCUGCCAGCUCUGGUGUUGGGCGCUCCGGCUGCUCACCUGGCGCUGGCUGGUGCAAGGCUGCUCUGCAUCACCAGCGAAGGUCUGCUGAGCGUGUGGUGCCUGGAGCGGCGGACCAGCCUGGUGUCCAACGUCAGCGUCCAGCCCAUACUGGCCAACUCUGGUCGCAUCGGCCGGUGUUCCGUUACCGAAGCUGGUGUGCCCACCGUCGUGCUGGAUUCAGGACGAGCAUUCAUGUACUCGCUGGAUUUCAAUACAUGGAUGAAGCUGACCGACAACACAGAUGCGGCAGUACGCAACACGCACAGGUCUUAUCAGUCGGCGUGGCAGAGUAUGCCUGAUAAUGGAACUGCGCCCCUUCGCACCAUACAGUCCUACUGUCAGAACAGUGCCGAGAGGAGUUUGUUGCACCGAAUGGACUACACCUCCCUCUGUACACAGUCUUUCUUGGAGGACCAACUGGUCAUCUGCAAGAACCUCAAGUCUGCUGUGGAGUUUCGGUUUUGGUUUAUCACUAACAUCCGGUUCUUGCUGGAAGAAGGUAUGGAGGCGCGCCUACGUACUGUGUGUGAGAGUUUGAUGAGGGAAGUAACAGACUCUGACCACAACUGCCUGUGGAACCCCACAUCGUUGGGUAUUGAUCGCAUGAGUCUGCUACAGGAUGUCCUGAAAGAAAUGGCAACCAAUCCACAAGCUCAGAGACUUUACUUGGAGUUGAGCGAUCAGCUAGAGUCGAUGGGCUCGUAGUUUUCUCGUCCCACUUGUAUUCAUAUAGUCAUUAUUCUAUUGUGAUAUUACUAUAACUUUAGUUCUUAGUACAUUUAGCUUAUAAGUCAACUCUGCUGCCGAUACCUUAAGUGAUUUCAUUGUAUUAGAUAAAUAAAAGUGAUAAGUGUAUUGUAAAAUUGUACAUCAUAAUUUUUGAUAUUUUUCUACAAUUUUUGUAUAGGCUAAUUUUGUAAUUAUUUAGGGAUGAAAAUUUAUAUUGCCAAAGAGGCAGUAUCUGUAAUUUGUAUUAUUACUCUUAAGGCAAGAUAGUAUAAAUUAUGUUUUAAGAUUUUUCUUGUAGAUUUCCAUCUUAUCUUUAUUUGGUUACAUUUAAUGGAACCAGAUAUAUAGUGAUUGAUGUAAUCAUAUCACAGUUUUAAAGGAGCUCUCAAAUAAAAGAGUUAAUAGCCUAAACUUGAGAAGUCAGGGAGUAAUAUUUAUUUAAUAUUUAUAUCAAUUGGAUGAUUUUUAAAUAAGUAUGUGAUAAUUUCAUGAAUUUUGUGUUAUUAGUACUGUGCCUGUAGGUGUCUUGAAGAUAGUUUUCUUUAGCAAAACAUAUUUUGGAUUAAUGACAGCUCAUCGUCAGUUUCUUGAAGUUCACAGUUUUUUAAAAUAUUAAAAAUGCUCACUUGUGUGCAUAGGAAAACCCUUCAUGAAUAAAUAAUACAGUCGGACACAAUGUUGCAAUGGUCUCUCUAAGAGAGUACAGUAAAUCUACAUCACUCAACAACAAUAGCUAUUAAUAAUAUAAUAAUUGUAAACUAUAGCCUACAUAAUAAUUAAUAUUUUACUAAGUAUAAUUUAUUUUUUGAACGUAUGUUUAGAAAAUAUUUUGAAACCACUAUUUUUGGGCUUCAAGUGACAUUGAGAAAAAUGUUCAUAAAGACACUUGCAGGCUGAUUGAACAACACAAUUUCAUGGUAAGAGAGAAAAUUCGGAUAAUAAUGUAUUUUUACAUGUAUUUUAACCCAAGAAGUGGCAAUCAGAAUUUCCUUUAUUUUGAAAUGUUAAAAUCAGAUUAUUGUAAAAUUAGUAACAACAUUUUGUAAUUAAUUCCACAAUAUAUAAAAGUUUUGAAAUUUAUUUUGUUCCACAGAAACACUUUGUUUAUUGAAGUGCUCAUAAUAGUUUUUACCAUGUCGGUUUUAUGUAAUUGGCAGGUUUUAAUAUUACCAGAAAUGUCACUUUUACUAGAAACAUUUGUAGAAAAUCUUAAAUUAUGUAUAAUAUUAUAUAUACUUACCUUGUGUUUACAUAGAAAACAAUAAGCUAAAAAAAUUCUUUUUGUGCGAAUUCUUACUAGUUUCAAAAAUAAAUUGGAUUGAAAAUUCGUAUUUGAUUUUUAGCUCAAAAAAAGUAUUAACUUGUAAUAUUUUUCAACCAUAAGAAUAUUGCAAAACAAAAUUUGAAACAUUAUCUAUUUUAUCAAUGCCUUACUCUAAGUAUCAAGAAAGUCUUGGUUGAUGUGGUUUUUCUAAAAUCUGCUGGAAUCAUGGAAAUUGGUGCUUUACAGCAUGGUACUUUAUCAGCACUAUAGUAGUUGAUGAUUAAUGGGAAUGUGUGUAUAUAUAAAUAUAAAACAGGACUGAAAAGUGUAUUUAUACAGUAUAUUUACGGUUGAUGUAAAUAUAUACAAGGGCUAUUCAGUAAGUAAGGAGUGUUUUGGGAUUUAAAAACCCAAGUACAAGAAAAACAUUUUAUUAUAUACAUGUGAAAGAGGGACUAAAAUACGACUUUUCUACCAUAAUCACAAUACAAAUUCAGGCACUUGUUAUUGCGGUGGACAAGUUAUGAAAUUUCUGUGUCAUAAAAUUCUGACACCUGUUCAGCUCCUCGUCGUUGUCAUAAUGCUGUGUUGUUAGUUAGGUCUUCAUUUUCGGGUACAAGUGAAAAUCACUUGAAGCAAGAUCAGGACAGUAAGGGAGAUGAGGAAAAAUAUCCAGUUGAACGAGUUCAGGAGUUCUUUCGUCCGGUUUGCUGUGUGAGGUCGUACAUUGUCGUGCAAAAGCACAAAACUCGUGGUAGCCUAGCUUCUGUGUAACAAUUUAAAUCAAUAAAGUUCGUGAAUCUUCUGGGAAACAUAGGGAAAGCUCAGUUAUUGUGAAACGAUGGUUUUCACAAAGCUUUUCGUCAACUUUGGCGACCGUAUUGGCAGUCACAAUGCUGAGACGUCCACUCUUCUUUUGAACGUUUAUUCUGCCGUGGAAACGUUCUGGUGCGUGGAAACGUUCCUUACUUCCUCAAUAGCCUUUGUAUAAAACAAUAUGUUUUCACACUUCAAAUUGGAUGAUGCAACAACCUACUAAAUGGCUGCUUUUGAAACGGCUGUUUUUACUACGGAACGACAAUAAUUACAAAAAUAUUCAAAUGACAUUACUGAUUCUAAGCUUUAGUUUAGUAUAAAUAAUAUUAAUAAAAAGAGUUUUAUAUAUCAUGUGUACAAAUUAAAUAAUAAUUCGUCUACUGUUUUUUAUAAGUUAUAAUUUCAAAAAUCUGUUGCAUACAAAUUAUGUUCUGCAUAAAACAUUAAAUUUACCAUAGUUGCUAUAUAAAUUAAACUUUUCAGUUUUACCGUUCCGAAGUUUCCUAAAAAAAUAAUAACAUCUGUGGAAUUAUUCAAAGUUACUGAAUUUUGUUGAAUUCUUGUAGUUUUUAUUUUACUACGUGUAGGCUAACAAAUAAUGGUCAGUUAUGUUUUGUAUAUGAAAAUGAAAUUUCUUAAUCUCAUCUUGUCAUUGAUAUAUACUAUGUUAGGGUGUAAAGUAGCCUUAAACAUAAAUCUUAAGUUAAAGUAAAACAGUACAGGAUCUUCCAAAAUCCGAGAGCUGCCACCUCAUAAACAACUAAAAACAUCAGAAAUACUAUGGUUGCCACUUCUAUGUUAGGGUUAUUGUGUUAAAAAUAAAUUCUAAACUGUCAGUAACCUAUAACUGUUCAUUAAUAUAUUUUUACGUUAUAAAUUAUAGUCUGCAAAUAUGCAGAUCAAAGCUUUAUAGUCAGUAUGUAUUUUGUUUUGUCUGUCAAAACUAAUAUUUAGGGUAACUCCAUGGAUACAUUUAUGUCCUACAUAAUUCCUACUUUAGAGUCUAGUUGAAUUAGUAAUGUAGAUUAACAUUAAGUAAUGUAAUAUUAACAUAUAUUAUGUAGUAGAACACUGCCAAUUUCAACUCUCUAUUUUGAUUAAUCUUUGAAAAUGUGUUGUAAUUCAGUAACUACAUGGUGUUAAUUGUUAGUGUUAAAAUAUGUAUAUUUAUUUUAGAAGAAGCUGAAAAAUAAUAAUAUAUAGACUGUAUAAUUUCGUGUUGUUUUUGCCAGAUUUCUUUGGAGACCGAAACAUCUGAAAUACAUUAAAGUAUUUAGUUGGCAAAGGCCUACUUUCUGGCAUAUAAAUAUAUUAACCUUUAAAACGCAAAUUAAAAUUAUUACGUCAAAUGCUAAGAUAUAUUUUUUUUAAUGAUCAAUUUGAUGCAACAUUUUAUUUUGGUUUCCUCAGUAUUACCUAUACAAGAAAAUAAAUCCAAUUGUAUUAAUUUAUAUUUUUAUAUGCAAUGAAAUUGGGAAUAAGCUGCAUUACAGGAUAGUGCACAAA